CUCAUGCACCCACGUCAAUCACUUCUGAACCGCUUUAGAAACUGGGAAAGCGAGAGCAGAUUCAGAGGCGCCGCUGUCGUGUGUGACGUCACGGAAUGGGAGGAGUCUGGCUGGCUACAAGGAGGCGAUUGUGUUCCAGGAGCAGGCGCCAGGCGAACCGUGGGAAAGGGAUGGUUUAGCUUUUAACCAGAGGCAGCGGCAGAGUUUGGAGCACAGUGUCAGCAGCCAGUCACGGACACACAUCAGGAACACUCACUGACACACGGCACAGCCAUGAAGCGGGGACACGACUACAGCUCCUCGGACAGCGAGUUGGACGAGAACAUCGAGGUGGAGAAGGAGAGCGCGGAUGAGAAUGGGAAUCUGAGUUCCACCGCUGGAUCCAUUUCCCCAUCCACUUCUUCCCAAAUCCUGGCCAGGAAGAGACGCAGAGGGAUUAUUGAGAAGCGCCGCAGGGACAGGAUUAAUAACAGUCUAACCGAACUGAGGAGACUGGUGCCCAGCGCCUUUGAGAAACAGGGAUCAGCUAAGCUGGAGAAAGCAGAGAUUUUGCAGAUGACAGUGGAUCACCUUAAGAUGCUUCACACUGCAGGAGGCAAAGGCUACUUUGAUGCUCAUGCACUUGCCAUGGACUACCGCAGCUUAGGAUUCAGGGAAUGUCUGGCAGAAGUAGCCCGGUAUCUGAGCAUAAUAGAAGGAAUGGACACGGCAGACCCACUGCGAGUGCGGCUUGUGUCUCACCUCAAUAACUAUGCCUCUCAGAGAGAAGCCGCCAACACAGCCCAUAGCAGCAUCGGACACAUUCCCUGGGGCGGAACCUUUGCUCACCAUCCCCAUCUUUCUCACCCGCUGCUCCUGGCACAGACUGCCCAUACAAACAGCACAUCCUCCUCCACAGAAGCUCAUCACCACAAUAGACUUCCUGGGUCCCCACAUGCUGAAUCCUCCUCCCUGAGAGUUCCCCCUAAUGGGAAUAUUGCAUCAGUGCUUCCAGUGGUUGCCUCUUCAAAACUAUCUCCUCCGCUGCUCUCCUCCAUGGCUUCUCUCUCCGCAUUCCCCUUCUCUUUUGGAUCUUUCCAUCUAUUGUCACCCAACUCUCUCAGCCCUACGACACCCACUCCAUCAGGCAAGCCCUACAGGCCUUGGGGCACAGAAAUCGGAGCCUUCUAAGUGAGAACUGAUAAGCUUUUUUUCGUGAAAGGAAAAAGCAGGAUUGGGUGAGGGGGGGUUGUAACGUCCAGCUGUGCUGGCCUUUUAUUAAUGACUUUUACAUUGUAUUUGCCAACCAGUGUGAUCCAAUGGUACCAUUGCAAAUUAUUAUUUGUCUUUUUUUUUUUUUUUUAAACAUAACAUUUUUUUAGUAGUCUCCAAAAAAAAAAAAAUCUGGUACAUUAGCAGUGUAACACAGAACUGUUAAAUAGAUCUGCUCUAAAUGUUUAACUUGCUUUGUAAAGUAAUAAUUCUACUUCCUCUUCAACAUUUAACUGAUAUUCUAGUUUUUUUUCCUAUCUCAGAUCGGUUACGUUUCCCAACAAUGACAUUUAUUUAAAAACCGUACUCUAAAAUAUCCUUCUGGUUUGCUAAUAUUUUGAGCAUUGAGAUGUUCUUAAAGCUAUAGCUUACUUAUAUUAAACUGUUUUUUUUUUUUUGUUUUAUAUUUCCAAGCGUUGACAAAUCAGAUUUAUCCGCUCUAUACAAGAAUCAAUAGCAAUGCCUUCAGUAAACCUGUGAAUGGAAGGGGGAGUGCCGAAUAGUGGGCUACAAACAUCCAGAGGGUUAAACAUGACACUGAGUGCACAUAGAGUGGUACAGUAGAAGCCUAUAGCACAUGUAUUUUGCACAUGAACCUGGACUAUACAACAUUUCAACAGAUUUUUUAUUGUCUAAUGUAUUUUAUUACCUGGUGCACUAGAACUUUAUUUAACAAGUAGACUAAUUUAAAUCAGAAUCCACUACAUGCCUGUAUAUAAUACACUUUGUGCUUGGAUGGGACAUCAACCGAAAAGAUGGACUCUGCUGUACUGAGUUUAAUCACUGUUAAUCUGGUCAGUUUUUGACUAAAUAAAAAGAGUCAAGUGUGUUAUUUUAAA